GAGAGUGAAGAAGAAGACUGCGGGAUCUGCCUGCAUCAUCAGGAAACGCACAGAGCCGGACGGGACACAGAAAAGAUGGCGUUCACAUUCGCGGCCUUUUGCUACAUGCUCGCCCUGCUGCUCACGGCGGCGCUUAUCUUCUUCGCUAUCUGGCACAUUAUAGCAUUUGACGAGCUGAAGACCGACUACAAGAAUCCUAUAGAUCAGUGUAACACUUUAAAUCCGCUGGUUCUUCCAGAGUACCUCAUCCACUUCUUCUUCUGUGUGAUGUUCUUCUGUGCGGCCGAGUGGCUCACCCUCUGUCUCAACCUGCCGCUGCUGGCUUAUCAUGUGUGGAGGUAUAUGAGCAGACCCGUGAUGAGCUGCCCUGGACUCUACGACCCAACAACCAUCAUGAACGCUGACAUCCUGGCUUACUGUCAAAAAGAAGGCUGGUGCAAACUGGCUUUCUAUCUCCUGUCAUUCUUCUACUAUCUCUAUGGGAUGAUCUAUGUGCUGGUGAGCUCUUAAACCAGACGAUGAAGGACAAGGACCUGCAUGUACAGUAGACGACCAGACACUAUGAACUUAGUGCUGCAACACUGGACCUGCUGGAGCCGCCCCCCCCGCUCAGUCACACAAGGCGCCAUUUCAAGCUGACGAACUCUCCAGCCCCCCCCCCCCCACAAAGUGCAGAGUGUCAUUUCGGAAACAUUUAGCCCGUCUUAAGAUAAAAUCGUGGUUGAGGCGUUCUAGUCAUAGCAUUACAGAUUAAAAUUUUAUAGAAAAUAAGGACAAAACCUCAUCUACGGACAAAUGUUCUUUUUUUCUUUUCUUUUUUUAAAGGUGUGGUGAUUUUUUUUUGAUACUUGGGAUUUAAAUAAAGUUUUGCUUUCCAUCUUGGUUCCCAGGUGAGAAUCUGA